UUCAAAGAUCGUCGGUUUUUGUGGUAGCCGAAGCGAAGAGCAAUUUCCACGGAGGUCGCGAAGAUGGGGAAAUACAAUCUGACCGACGAGCAGGUCUCUUCGAUGAGGGAGGCUUUCAUGCUCUUCGACACCGAUGGCGAUGGCAAAAUCGCUCCGUCUGAGCUCGGGAUCCUUAUGCGGUCCCUCGGUGGCAAUCCGACGCAGGCCCAGCUCAAAUCCAUCAUCUCCUCCGAGAAUCUCGCCUCCCCGUUCGAUUUCGACCGGUUCCUCGAUCUCAUGGCGAAGCACCUGAAAACGGAGCCCUUCGAUCGCCAGCUCCGUGACGCGUUCAAGGUUAUCGACAAGGAAGGAACUGGGUUCGUUGCUGUCGCGGAUCUGAGGCAUAUUCUCACCAGUAUCGGCGAGAAGCUAGAGCCGAGCGAGUUCGAUGAGUGGAUCCGGGAGGUUGAUGUCGGGUCCGAUGGUAAGAUCCGGUACGAGGAUUUCAUCGCCAGGAUGGUCGCAAAGUGAGAUCUAAUCUUUACCUCGUUCUUUGAAUUUGAAUUUGAGUUGAUUUCUUUUUGUUUAUUUCUCUGUUGGUUUGAGCGAAUUCUAGGGUUUGUUUGUGAUGCCAUUGGGGUUUGCUCUUGGGACAGUACGUACUAAAUGUUCUUCCUGUCUGUGUGGGUGAAUCCUCUCCCUAGUAUAUCUAUUCCAUGAAUUUCUUAAAUCCCUCGUCUUCUUGCCCUGUUUGUUGCUGUAUGCAUCUGUAAUUCCAUGAGUUGGAUAAGGGAAUGCGAUUGAUUCGUGUCUGCAAACUGAAAAUGUGUUUGGUUUUGAUAACACCACAUUGACAUCU